GCGUUUUUAUCAGCAAUGAACAAAUCCUUUGUAAAUGUUGGUAGAAGCAGUCUUAUUUCUUCAGAUAUUAUACAGAGAGGUAAAUGUUGGUGGCAGAAUACGGAUUACUGUUGCAGUGCUAUUAUGUUUUUCCUGCAUGCUGAUUUCUGUGUCUCACACAGGUAUAUUCCUGCUAUUGUGGACCACACUGGAUGCCUGCCUUGUCAGGGGACAUUCCUGCUUCACCAGGGAAUCCAACGUAGAAUCACAGUCACCAUUAUCCACGAGAAAGGCAAUGAGUUGCACUGGAAAGAUGUACGAGAGCUGGUUGUUGGACGUAUAAGAAACAAAGCAGAAGUAGAUGAAGCUGCUGUGGAUGCUAUUUUGUCUUUGAAUAUUAUCUCUGCAAAAUACCUGAAGUCAUCUCACAGCUCCAAUAGGACCUUUUAUCGGUUUGAAGCAGUUUGGGAUAGCUCCUUGCAUAACUCCCUUCUCCUCAAUCGAGUGACUCCGUAUGGAGAGAAGAUAUAUAUGACCCUUUCUGCUUACCUGGAGCUUGACCACUGCAUUCAGCCUGCUGUUAUAACAAAGGAUGUUUGUAUGGUCUUUUAUUCACGUGAUGCCAAGAUCUCUCCGCCACGAUCGCUGCGCAAUCUCUUUGGCAGUGGCUACUCCAAAUCUCCAGAUUCCAAUCGAGUGACUGGGAUCUAUGAACUAAGUUUAUGCAAAAUGGCAGACACAGGAAGUCCCGGAAUGCAGAGGAGGAGGAGGAAAGUCCUGGAUACAUCUGUGGCAUACGUGCGUGGAGAGGAGAACCUGGCAGGCUGGAGGCCCCGAGGAGACAGCCUCAUUCUGGAACAUCAGUGGGAAUUGGAGAAACUAGAGCUGCUGCAUGAGGUGGAAAAAACCCGGCAUUUCCUUUUGCUUCGUGAAAAGCUUGGUGACAGCAUCCCCAAGUCUCUGAGCGACUCGUUGUCUCCCAGUCUGAGUAGUGGAACCCUCAGCACCUCCACCAGCAUUUCCUCCCAGAUUUCCACCACCACAUUUGAGAGUGCUGUGACGCCCAGUGAGAGCAGUGGCUAUGACUCAACAGACAUAGAAAGUCUGGUGGAUCGUGAGAAGGAGCUGGCCACCAAGUGUCUACAGCUUCUGACUCACACUUUCAAUCGGGAGUUUAACCAAGUGUACAACAGCAUCAGUGACUGUAAGUUGUCUGAUAUUUCCCCCAUUGGACGGGACCCAUCAGUGUCAAGUUUCAGCAGUGCUACCCUCACACCUUCAUCUACCUGUCCUUCUCUGGUGGAUUCAAGAUGCAAUUCAAUUGAUCAGAAGACACCAGAAGCAAAUUCUCGUGCCUCCAGUCCCUGUCCUGAGAUGGAGCAGUUCCAUAUAAUUCCUGCAGUAGAAAGUUCCUAUCUUGCCAGAGCUGGAAAGAAUGAAUUCCUGAAUCUCGUUCCUGAUAUUGAGGAAAUCAGACCAGGCUCUGUGGUGUCAAAGAAAGGAUACCUCCACUUCAAAGAGCCACUCUCCAGCUCCUGGGCCAAGCACUUUGUGGUGGUCCGCCGUCCCUAUGUUUUUAUUUACAACAGUGACAAAGAUCCUGUGGAAAGAGGGCUCAUAAACUUAUCCACGGCUCAGGUGGAAUACAGUGAGGACCAGCAGGCGAUGGUAAAGGUCAGUCUGAGAGCAGUUGUUGUUGUUUCAUAUAUAAAGCAGGAUCAUCACUACGGGUAGUAGCGCAUCCAUAAUAUCCUGUGCGUCAUUUCUGGUCCGUUUUAGAGACUUCUCUGGCAUCUGAUAUUUCUGCCCACAUGGUUCCCAAUUUGUUCAAGAUUCUUAUGAUUUGUACAUAAUUCUGUGAGAGACUGAAGCUAACUGCUGGGUUGAAUUGUAUUUGGUUU